UGCGAUAUUGUGGAGAUGCCAAAGAAGCAGGGAAAUUUCCUAUACACCUGGCUCCUGCUGCGCUGACCUGUCCAAAAAAUGUGGGUGGAACUGAGUGGGGGUCAGAUUGUUCUUCAGCAAUUUUUUAAAAUUCGUUUGAAUGGCUGUAACCUGAUCGGUUUUCGUAGCAAAAAUCGCAUCGGAAGUGCCGUCCUCAAAAAGCUACUGCCACUGAUAAAUCUAUUACUAAAUGUCAACUAUACGUCCACACGAUUUGCCCUCAAUCCGGAUCACUUUCCGGCCUACAUGCCGGACAUGAAGUUCAACACGAAAUUGAUCUUCCAGCUGAGCAGGAAUAUUGGCAGUGUGGAUGCCGAGGUGAUGAGACGAUCGUAA